UUUUAGUUUUUGAUUUUGCCCAAAAAUCGUUUGUAUAAUUUUAAAUUAUAUUUUCCAGAUAUUUUGGUACUGUAAUUUUUCUAACAAUACUGCAUAUGGCACCAACCAAAGCUAUGAAGCAUAUAUCCUAUCUAACCAUGUCACUCAUCAUCAGUUGUAGAAAGCACAUUAAUUGGAUGUGUAAUUCGAAUUUUAAUUUUCUCCUCCUAAUAAUAUUGCUCUUCUUCUCCCCAAGUGUUGUUUUUUGCAGUCAAAUUGUUAAGGCCUUACCUGGCUAUUUUCCAUUCAGUCUUGAAACUGGGUACAUUGGUGUAGCUGAAUCCCAGUUGUUUUACUAUUUUAUAAAAUCAGAAGGGAAUCCAAAAGAGGAUCCUCUUUUGCUUUGGUACAAUGGAGGUCCUGGUUGCUCUACUCUCAAUGGACUUUUUCAUGAAAUUGGUCCAUUGGCUUUCAAUACUACAGAAUACGAUGGCGGUACACCACCAUUGGAAUACUAUCCAUACUCAUGGACACAGACUGCCAACAUUUUAUUUGUUGAUGCAUCGGUGGGCACUGUUUUCUCUUACCCUACAAACUCAACAUCUGAUGUCAGCCCUGAGCUUCCGUGCGCCGCGCCUGCUGCUGUGCGCCUAGCGUGUGCCGAUCCGCUAUCUUGCACCCGUGUGCGCCAUUCUGCUACAGUCUGUUCCCUUUUUAUUUACCCCUACUCCACUAUUGUUAUGGAUCGCCAUGAUGCCUCCCAUCCGAUUUCUUUUCUUCUUAAUGGUUCCAACUAUGUUCUGUGGGCCCAAGCCAUGUCUUCCUUCCUCAAAGGUAAGAAGCUCUGGCGCAUUAUCACCGGGGAUGUGACCCAACCGGUGAAAGAAGUCAACGAAACUGCUGCUACCUAUGAAGACCAACUUGAAGAUUGGGACAGUAAGAACUACCAAAUCAUUACUUGGCUUCGAAAUACCACUGUUCCCUCUAUUAGUCUUCAGUUUGGUCGCUUUUAG